AUGGUUGUGGGGGAGGGUGUCGGUGAGGAGGUUUGUGAAGAUGGCGAUGGAGAAGAGGUGGGUGUGAUGAAAAUCACCGAGUCGGAGAAGGAGAAUGACGAUGAGGAUGAGGAUGAGAGGGCGGAAUUUGUUGAUAAUGUCGGUACUCGUGUUGUCGAUGUCGAUGACGAUGGUGAUGCUGUUCCUGUUGCUGUUGCUGAAACACUCGCACUCGCACUCCCGCUACUCGACGCCGUCACGGAUGAUGACGAUGCCGUUGACACGACCGUCGUAUCCACCGAAGAAAUCGACGCUGUCGUCGUCGACGACGAUGAACCGCCCACAUCAGCACCCGUGUUGUUAUACAACGUCAAGAGCACAAUGUCGCCGUUCGCGUCGACGAGUUGUCUCUUACCAAGCCUCGUCGGGGGAGGAAAACGGGCCACCCCUCCACAUUUCUGCGCAGGAUUGCCCGGACACGUCGUGUUACAUGCCGAAUCCGGGUAG